AGGAGGGGGGAGUCUAUUUUGCUAUUAAUCGGAUCGUCGAGAUUUUGUGACCACAGACUGCACCUGAUAAACUGUUGGUUGAGCUUUUGAGGAGAAGUGUGUAUCUCAAAGUUGGAUUUAUGCAGCUAACAGCGGCGAAGCGCUGGGGAGAUUGGGACGAUAUGCAGCGCUCGGCUUGAGAGACCAACGCUGGAGGUUUUUUCUGGCACUGCGGCUCAAAAACUUAUUCGUUCAACUUCAACUUUGUGGUGGACAUUUAAUACCUCUCAGAAGUCACUGUUUUGCUAAGUUUUAAACAGUUUUGCUGCUGUUUUCGUCUACCAACGCUUACUGUGAGAGUUAUUCGGACGCACUGUGUCCUUUAACAUUUUUUUUUUCUUGUUGCAUGUUUUCAAACAUGUCAUGAAAAGUAGUGGUCCUUUCGAGAAAGUAGUGUUUAACCUUUUAUGGACACACUCCUGCAACAUAAUUUUACACCCAGGGCGACGUGUAAAUGUACUUACUUUGACUUAACGCUGGUUAAUCUGUGAAGCACCUUUGAUUUUAGCCCGCGUUGGACACCAGAGGAGAAAGUUGGACUGCGAACUUGUGUCCUAAAUGACUGUUACUGGGAUGGAAAACGUUUCACUACACCCCAGCUGUUCGCGUUAACCCCUCUGCAUCACAAGAAGACAAAUUAAUGUGCUAUAAAAGGCAUUCAAAUCUUUCCGAAGCUCCAUUAAUAUUCCAGUUUGGGGGUACGAGGAGAGAGCUCAGCGGCCGCGCUAUUAAAACUGGAUACAAAAUGGCGGCGUCCCCGGGACGAUUUGGAUAUGUUUCUCGUUGUGUUUUUUAUUUAAUUUUGUCGCUCGAACUGUAUAUCAGUUAUGGAUUGAGUUCAGAUGUACCUUGUGCCCAGAACUGUACCUGCAGCGGAGAUUCAGUGGACUGUAGUAACCUGGAGCUGACAGCUACGCCUGUGGACCUUCCAGUCCGGACUGUUUCCUUAAAUCUCGGCUACAACAAGCUGACUGCCAUCAACGUAGAAUCCUUUGCCAAUCUUCCCAACUUACGAGAACUACGGCUGGACCACAAUGAGCUGACCUCCAUACCAGAUUUAGGAUCGGCCACUUCCAGGAUUGUAUCUCUCUACCUACAUCAUAACAAGAUCCGCAGUAUCGACGGCAGACGGACCAGAGAACUUGUUUCCGUGGAAACCCUGGACCUGAGCAAUAAUGACAUCACCGAGCUACGAGGGCACUGCUUUCCUGCAGGCCUUCAAAUCAGAGACCUGUAUCUAAGCAACAACAAGAUCAGCGUGUUGGAGCUGGGAGCCCUGAACCAUCUGGGCUCCACUCUACAGGUCCUGAGACUGAGCCGAAACCGCAUCAGCCAGAUCCCCGUGAAAGCCUUCCAGCUCCCGAGGCUCACCCAGCUUGAAUUGAACAGGAAUCGUAUUCGUCAGGUGGAUGGUUUGAACUUCCAGGGUCUGUCCAGCCUGGAGGUGCUCAAGCUGCAAAGAAACAGCAUCAGCAAGCUAACGGACGGAGCUUUCUACAACCUCGCCAAGAUGAAAGUUCUUCACCUGGACUACAACAUCCUGACGGAGGUGAACAGCGGCUCCCUGUACGGUCUCUCUUCCCUUCAGCAACUUUUCCUCAGCAACAACUCCAUAGGCCGCAUCAAUCCCGACGGGUGGAAGUUCUGCCAGAAGCUGAGGGAACUGAAUCUGUCGUACAACAACUUGACUCGUCUGGAUGAAGGCAGUCUGGCCGUGCUGGGGGAUCUCCACACCCUGCGUCUGGGGCACAACUCCAUCAGCCACGUCACCGAGGGGGCUUUCAGAGGCCUCAAGGCCGUACGCGUCCUGGAGCUGGACCAUAACGACAUCUCAGGCACAAUAGAGGACACCAACGGGGCCUUCUCCGGAUUGGACAGCCUCAACAAGCUGACUCUGUUUGGAAACAAGAUCAAGUCGGUGGCCAAAAAAGCCUUCUCUGGCCUGGAGACCCUGGAACACCUGAACUUGGGAGAGAAUGCGAUUCGUUCCAUCCAGCCCGAUGCCUUCAGUAAGAUGAAGAGCCUCAAAAGCCUCGUCAUUCAGAGCGACAGCUUCCUGUGUGACUGCCAGCUCCACUGGCUGCCCGAAUGGUUGGAUACACGUGGCUUGAGGGCGGGGGUCAAUGCCACCUGCGCCCACCCAGAGAGCCUUAAGGGAACCAGCAUCUUCCAGGCUCCUCCCAGCAGCUUUGUGUGUGACGACCUUCCUAAGCCCCAGAUCACGGUGCAGCCGGAAACCUCGGUGACGGUCCUCGGUAGUGACGUGCGUCUCACCUGCACGGCCGCCAGCAGCAGCUCCUCCCCCAUGCAGUUCGCGUGGCGCAAGGACCAGGAGUUGCUCCGCCACGCCGAGACAGAGAACUACGCCCACGUGCGCGCUCACCACCACGGCAGCACAUCUGAUACGAUGGGCGGAGGAGCAGGCGUGAUGGAGUACACCACCAUCUUGCACCUGCGGCACGUCACCUUCGCCCACGAGGGACGUUAUCAGUGCAUCAUCACCAACCACUUUGGCUCCACCUACUCCAGCAAGGCCCGCCUCAUCGUCAACGUUCUCCCCUCCUUCGUGAAGACCCCCAGGGACAGCACCAUCAGGACGGGCAACACAGCCAGGCUGGAGUGCGCCGCCGAGGGUCACCCGUCGCCGCAGAUCGCCUGGCAGAAGGACGGGGGCACGGAUUUCCCUGCCGCACGCGAGCGCCGGAUGCACGUCAUGCCCGACGACGACGUCUUCUUCAUCAUGGACGUCAAGCCGGAGGACAUGGGCGUGUACAGCUGCACCGCCAAAAACACAGCGGGGACCGUCUCUGCCAACGCCACCCUCACCGUACUGGAAACCCCCCACCUGGCCCAGGAACUGGAUGAUCACAACGUGGCCGUCGGGGACACGGUGGCGCUGCAGUGCAAAGCCCUGGGCAGCCCGCCGCCCCGCAUCACCUGGCUGCGCAACGACCAGCCGCUGCACCCCUCUGACAGACACCACUUCACCCCGGGAAACCAGCUGCUGGUCAUCGGCUCGGCCUCUCUGGAGGACGCCGGCCGCUACACCUGCCUCAUGUCCAACACGCUGGGGACGGAGCGCGCUCACAGCCAGCUGGUGGUGACCCAGCGCCGCAGCCCCUGCGCCCCGCCGGCCGGGCUGAGCACGAUCACCAUAGGGAUAAUCGUCAUCGCCGUGGUCACGAGCAUCGUGGUGACUUCGCUGGUGUGGGUGUGCAUCAUUUAUCAGACUAGGAAGAAGAGCGAGGAGUGCAGCGUCACCAACACAGAUGAGACCAUCGUUCCCCCAGAUGUGCCCAGCUACCUCUCCUCUCAGGGCACUCUCUCCGAGAGGCAGGACGUGUGUAUCCGCGUGGAGGCCGGCGGCGGACCUCAGCCCAACGGACACAUCGUAGACACAACAGGUUUCGACGGCGCAGUGGUCUGUACGGACUGCAUGGAGAACGGCAACAGCUACUCCAAAGACUCCGACUACCUUAGCCACGGCUUCGGCCCCGCCGGUGGGAUGGAAUACCAGCAACACUCCGUCCCCCCACCCUAUUCUCACUGUCACCUGGCGGAGCAGCACGACAUGGGGCCACAUACGACCCUGCUGUGCAACGGGACGCCCAACGGGAUCCGGAAGGACAUUCAAGGAUCCACGUUUCCAAACAGCCACAAUGUGUUACAAAUGAACCAACAUGAUAGAAAAGUGAGCAGAGCGGGACAAACGCCGGCGUGCUCUCCAUCACAAGAGGAAUCCUUCCACAAGCCGGUGAAGCUGACGAGCCACCUUGACAGUGACUGUGAGCCUGAGCUCAGGCAGACUCUGCUGUCCAAUGGACACACCCUCAGAGCCUCUCAGCAUGAGAGCGCCCCCCUAAGGAGAGCCAGCGACUAGCAGGCGCUCCACUCAGCCCAAAAUCGUGGACUCGCAAGUAGCUGAGUGGACUUCUUGUCGUCGUCUUUUUUUUUUUUUUUGCACUGGGAAAUAAACUGCUACCUCAAUAUCGAGGCGAACGGUCCCGAGCCUCCCGGUGGUGGACUGUGAAAGGGAACGCCGGGAGUGGGGGAAAAAAGGGCAGGGGGCAUCCGGAGUUUUGAAGGUGGAGCUUGUGUGGGUGGCGUCCCAUCUGAGCGUAUCAGCUGUACAUAGUUAAAACCUUUCCUUGGGAGGUGACCAAUUAAAAAAAAAAAUUCUAGCUCCAGAAAAUGUGACUUGCAUUUGAAGCAUGUAAAUGUAGGGAAUUUUGUACAGUAUAUGUAUGCGCAGGGGGUAAAAAAAAGAAAUAUACCUUUGGACAUUUGACUGUACAUAAGAGUUUUCUUAUAUUAUAUAUUAUAUAACUUUUACAAAAGAGUAUUUGAAUUUUUUGUGCAUGACAAAGAAAGGAGUGAUGGUAUUUUUAUUUUUCUUCAAAAAAAACAGCCUUUUUCAGCUUUUACCAACGUUCAGCUGCGGUGCCUUAUUGCAUGAUCAAAGAAAACUCAACUUGUAAUAGCAUAUAACGAGAGACUUUUUGGUGAGAGAUACUGGUACACUCUUUAUAGCAAACAAAACACUUGAUUGCACUUGAAUGUUUGUUGUUUUGUUUUUGUUUUUUUUGUUUUUUGGGACAAAUGCUGCCAACCACGGCCUUACAGAAACACAAUUCACAUCCAUAGUUAAUGUAUGAAGGAAGAGCUUUGAUGUCAGAUGUCAUUUUCGGUACGUCAGAUGGUUCAAGACGGGAUGUUUUUGUGUUCGUCAGUUGAAGCACUUUUUUUAUACUCACUUCAUAAACGGGCAGAUGUUUUUUCAAUACCUGCCGACAGGAAUGCAGGAGACAUUCCACAUGUUUUGACAGAAAAGUGGACGGUAUAUUCUGUAACAUUAAGGCUCUUCCACCUGUUUGACUACACCACAAGUUCCUGCAAAGCUGCUCUGAUCCGUGUGGGAGAAAAAGAUUCCUCUCUGUGCUUUGACUGCGGUCGGUUUCUGGAUUUGUCCAAGAAAAGUGAGUUCAUAACCAAAUGUGGUCAAACAUCGAUGAUUUGGUGCUGCAGUGGUGUCUUAUAAAGCUGUCAAAGCCAGUAAUGAUCUCUCAGUAUGGAUGCAGGACACCUGUCAUGUGUUUUUCAUCCCAUUCACAUUAAAACGUACAAUCGUGUGUGCUCCAGCACUGAGCCGAAAGCUCAAUUAAACAAUCCAAAUGCUUUGAGUUUAAGAAAGAAAGGUGGGGAAUCAGGGAGAGUGACGUCAUUGUAUUAUGUCAUUAUGUCAUCAUGUUACUGCUGUAAUGUGCCUCAACAUCAACUGUUGUGCAUCACAAGCAAAAGGCCAGUAUACCACCUCAGUCAGAUCAACCACAUCCUAACAAUAGCCGAGUAACUUUCCCAUCUAAUGUCUCAUGUGUGAGGUAACUACAGGUGCACACUCAUGCUGUCAUUUCUAUUGUGAAACGUUGCUCUAACCAAACUUGGAGGAUAAAUGCGGCCAGACGCUGUGUCACAGUCCCGGAUACACUGGGUCACAUAUCAGCAGCUUUUCAAAGUAGUUACAUCUGAUGUAUGCAUGUGAUCCCAGGUGUGCCCUUGUCUGAACUGUGUUCUGUUACCAGUGGCUCUAUCAAGGUAAACCAGAGGACACGCUCCUCUAGUUACACCUGAUAGCACCUAUCAGAGAUGAUUUUACCAGCCAGACCAAUCAGAUCUCCCUGUUGGAAAACCAAUCCCAGUGUAGCAGGUAAAAGGGACGAGAGAGAGAGAGAGAGAGAGGUGCAGUUCAUGUUCUGAGUAAUUUAUUGAAACAAACUGUCUGAAACCAUUGUACCAAUGUCAAAGCUAAAACAGUGAAGUGUCUAACAUGGCAUUGAAGUGUCUAA